GUCAGGUUACACACACACUCAGAGGCAGGCUGCAGUGUGUGUGUGUGUGUGUGUGUGUGUGUGUGAGAGACUCCGUGCUGAGAGGAAUACUCUGCUGCAGUAACGCGGAUUAAGCGGCUCUUUGCUUCCUCGCGGUCUCGCGCUCGGUGUUCAGAAGAGCUCGGUGUGUGAUGAAGUGUUGGUUUGGACCGGAAGUGAAGUGCUGAUGGAGUUCUGGGUAAAGUUUUUAGCGGUAGCGUUAGCGUUGUUCCAGACUCGCGCGCAGUUAAAUCCGGAGCACGAGAUCAGCGGCUCUUCUCUCGCGUUCGUGUUUGACGUCACGGGCUCCAUGUACGACGACCUGCAACAGGUGAUGGACGGAGCCUCGCGCAUCCUGCACCGCAUGCUGAGCCGCACGGACACGCCCAUCCGCAACUUCGUGCUCGUGCCGUUCCACGACCCAGACAUCGGCCCUGUUUCCAUCACCAGCGACCCCAAACAGUUUCAACACGACCUUCAGGAGCUCUUCGUCCAGGGGGGAGGUGACUGUCCGGAGAUGAGUGUUGGAGCGAUACACUCCGCUCUGGAAGUUUCUUUGCCUGGAUCAUUUAUUUACGUUUUCACAGACGCUCGAGCUAAAGAUUACAGACGUAAGCAGGAAGUGCUGCAGCUGGUGCAGCUCAGGCAGUCUCAGGUUGUGUUUGUGUUAACAGGGGAUUGUGGUGAUCGCUCUCAACCCGGUUACAGAGUGUAUGAGGAAAUCGCAGCCACAAGCUCUGGACAGAUCUUCCACCUGGACAAACAGCAAGUUAAUGAGGUUCUGAAAUGGGUUGAGGAGACCGUACGGGCCAUGAAGGUCCAUUUGCUCUCUUCAGACCAUGAGCUUGGUCAGGGGACACAGUGGGAGUUGCCCUUUGACCCCAGCCUUAAGGAGGUGACUGUGUCUCUGAGUGGUCCAACACCUCGCAUCGAGCUCAGAGAUCCUCUUGGUCGUAUUGUUGGUGAGAGACAGGGACUGAGAGAGCUGCUGAACAUCCCAAACUCUGUUCUAGUGGUGAACCUGAAGAACCCACGUCCUGGGCUGUGGACACUGAAGGUAGUGUCUAGUGGGCGACACACACUCCGAGUAACUGGAGUCAGUAACCUGGACUUCAGAGCCGGUUUCUCCACUUCAGCUGUCACUGAAUUCAGCAGAACCAGAGAACGACCCAUCAAAGGUGCUCCUGUGCAUGCACUUUUGAAAUGUUCAGGUCUGAACCCUCCUGGUGUGCUCAGUAGUGUGGUGUUAGUGUCAAAGCGUGGUGAGGAUCUGCUCAGUGUUUCACUUCCUGUUCCUGUGGAUGGAGGAGUGAGCGGAGUGUGGAGUGUGCCAGAGAUGCAAACUCCAUCUGAAGGCUUCUUCAUUAAAGUCAGGGGAAAAGAUGGAGGCGGGUUUGACUUCCAUCGACUCUCUAGUGUUUUAUACACCAACAUUAUUCCAGUCAUUCCUGUGGUGGAGAUGCCCUCUGUCCUACGUGGGAUGUUAAUGCAGAGUGUGUUAAUUGAGUGCAGUGUGCAGAGUGACCUUCCCUUCACACUCACCUUCAGAAAAGACGGAGAGAUGCUGGGACACCAGAACAGCUACCAGUCUUCUGCCAAAGUGUCAUGGGAAAUUCUUCAUGUUUCUGUAAGAGAUGAGGGAAUGUACGAGUGUAUGGCUCAGAGCACUGCGGGAGUUGGACGAGCUCACACACACUUCACUGUCACAGCGCCCCCUAUGAUAGAUCAUAGUGUAUCUGAGGUUACAGCUGCAGUUGGUGAGCCUGUCACUCUGCCGUGUGUGCUGAUGGACGGAGCUCCACCUACUGACAUCAUCUGGACUCAUAAUGGACAGAAGGUCCAGAGCGGUGAGCGGAUCUCCAUCAGGAGUGAUGGCAGUCUGCACAUGAAGAGAGCUACCGCAGAGGAUGCUGGGAAAUACCUGUGCACUGCUGUGAAUGUGGCAGGAUCAGCGAACGUAACGGUCACGCUGCAGAUCCACACUCCUCCUGUGAUCUCGGCUGCUGCUGCUCAUUAUGAAGCUGCUGAAGGAGUGUCUGUUUCUCUGCCAUGUGAAACGACUGGAAUCCCAAAACCGUCCAUAACCUGGACCAAGGGUGAUGAGCCUGUUUCCUCUCCUCCGCAGUCUGAUGGGAGUUUGUUGAUCUUCAGCUCGACUGCAGCAGAUUCAGGACGUUACAUCUGCACAGCGAGCAGCUCAGCUGGAGAAACACGCAGAGAGAUCACUCUCACUGUCCACUCAAAGCCCCGUAUCCUCGGAGCACAUGAGCACACUGAGGUCAUUAACAUGAUGGUGGAGGAGGGGGCAGAGGUCAUCCUGCCAUGUGAGGUUGAGGGAAGCCCCGCCCCCACUGUGUCCUGGAGCCGUAACGGACAGCUCCUUCCACCAAUCACUGCGUGCAUCUCCGGAGCCAUAGAGGUCACAGUUUUGCCUUCCGGCUCUUUGAAGAUCAGAAAUGUUCAGCUGAAUGACAGUAACAUUUACACCUGCACUGCUGAGAACCCAGCAGGAGUUAACACACUGACCUACAGUUUACAAGUCCAGGUACCGCUGAGGAUUGUGGGUCAGCAGGAAGAGGAAGUGAGUGCUGUAGAAGGUCACAUGGCCUCUCUUUUGUGUGAUGUACAAACACACCCGGCUCCUGAAAUCAUUUGGACGAGAGAUGGACAGCUGCUGCAGCUCGGUUCUGGUGUUCGCCUCCUGUCAGGUGGUAAGAUGCUGCAGAUUUCCAGAGUACAGCAGCGGGAUGCAGGACAGUAUGUCUGCACAGCGACCAGCUCAGCAGGACAGGACCAGAAGAGCAUCAUGCUGAACGUUUAUGCUCCACCCACUCUGCUCCCGCUGCCACACUCAGUGUCAGAGGUCAUGACCCCUCAGAUAGGGUCAUCAGUUACACUGAGCUGUGAGGCGCGAGGUGUUCCUGAGCCUGAGGUCACAUGGUACAGAAAUGGCCAGAAGCUGAACUCUGGGAGAACCCUACAGCUUGCCAGUCAGAAACUGACAAUAAACAGCAUGCAGGUGUCUGAUGGAGGAGUUUAUACUUGUAAGGUGUCUAACCCUGCAGGUCAGCUGGAGAGAAAGUUUAUGUUAACAGCUCAUGUUACAGCGCCUCUUGUAAUUGAAGGACCAGUUCAUGAGAGCGUCACACACACUCUGGGUUCUCAUAUUACUCUGGUUUGUGACGCAAGCGGAGUUCCUGCUCCAAAUAUGCGCUGGCUAAAAGACAGCUUGGCUUUUGGUAGUGGUAGUGUGUUGUCUUUAGGUCCACUGGAACUUUCACACAGUGGUGUUUACACCUGCAUUGCUCACAACAGCAAAGGAGAAACACACAAAAACUACACACUCACCAUCCAGGUGCCUCCCACCAUCUUGAAUUCAGGUCCAUCUGAUGUCAGUGCCCUGGUGGGGGCGGAGCUGACAUUAAAGUGUCAUGCAGAGGGCACGCCCACUCCACAGCUCGCUUGGAUGAGAAAUGGAGUGAAACUCGACAACACUGAGCAUGUGCACGUCUCUGCAAAUGGGAGCACAUUAACACUCCUGAGUGUGAAAGAGGAAGAUGCUGGAACAUACACGUGUUUAGCCAUCAGUCCCGCUGGACAGGAAAGCAAAAUCUACACUCUGUUUGUGCUGGUCCCUCCCUCCAUACUGAAACACUCUGACGUCCCGCUGGAUGUUCAGGCUGUUCAUGACGGUGUUGUGUCUCUGGAGUGUCAUGCAGUCGGCAUUCCUCCUCCUCAGAUCACCUGGCUGAAAGACGGAAAUCCACUGCAGCUCACACCCCGAACACACCUGCACUCCACACACACACUCCUCAGGAUCUCUCCGGUGCAACUCUCUGACUCUGGACUUUACACCUGUGUGGCUCGCAGUAAAGCAGGAUUUGCAGAACAGAAAUUCCACCUGCAGGUUGAAGCCCCUGCCAUGGUGGAGCACACUGAGCCAAUGGAGCACAUUGUGAUAGUUCGAGGCUCCGUGGUGACCCUGGUGUGUGAGGCUCAUGGUGUUCCCCCUCCAACCCUAACCUGGAUGAAGGACAGUGAGCCGCUCUCACUCCACCAGAACAUGAUGCUUCAUGAUGGUGGAGAAACUCGCUUCCAGCUGCUGGACGUUCAGCUUGAGGAUGCUGGUCUUUACAGUUGCACUGCAAAGAACCAGGCUGGAACCAGCACCAAGACCUUCAACCUCACAGUGUUAGAGCCUCCUAAGAUAUCCAGCUCUCUGAGAAGAGAGGAGCUGAUGGUGGUGGUGGACGGCGUUUUGGAGUUGGAGUGUGUUGCUGAUGGAGUUCCUCCACCCACUGUAAGCUGGAUGAAGGAUGGACGUCCCCUAGAGGACAGCAGAGUUGUAUUACACAGAGAUGGACAGAUUCUCACCAUCAGCAACAUUCAGGUGGAGGAUGCAGGUGUGUACACGUGUCUUGUCAGUAACCUGGCAGGAGAAGACGGGAGGAGUCUCUGGGUGCGCGUUCAGCUUCCACCCACACUACUGGGUUCUAGUGAUAUCAGAACUGUGUCUGUGCCCUUGAAGGGUCAUAUGACCUUGGAGUGUCGGACAGACGGCGAGCUUCCACCGGAGAUUGAGUGGUACAGAGACAACAUUAAACUGCAGUUGAGUGGUCGGAUCCAGAGCAUUGCCGGUGGUCAGUAUUUAGAGAUUGGAGAUGUGAGGAAGGAGGACGGUGGACUUUACAGCUGUGUCGUAUCCAACAUGGCUGGCAGCUCAAGUCUGCACUUUAAUGUACAGAUCCUCUUGCCCCCUGUCAUUAGAGAAGGAAGCCCACUGGUCACCGCACAUGUCAAUCAGAAGGUGUUGCUACCUUGUGAGGUGGAGGGAGACUCCGCCCCCUCAGUGUUAUGGAGGAAAGAUGGAGUCCCAGUUCUGUUUGACAACAGGUUUGUUUUGCUUCCGGACGGAUCAGUGCGAAUCGAGUCAACGCAACUCACAGACGCAGGCCGUUAUUACUGCAGUGUGUCUAACGAGGCAGGGUCAGACCAGCGCAGCAUGGAGCUCCGAGUUUAUGUCGGUCCCUCCAUUAGCCCCGGCCCUUUGAACGUAACCGUGACGAUGGGCCAGAGGGCUGUUUUAGGCUGUGAGAGUUUAGGCGUACCUGUUCCUCAGGUGAGCUGGAAGAGGAAUGGCCAAGCACUGAAUACACACUCUGGAGCUUACAGGUUGAUGCCUUCAGGGUCUCUGCUCAUAAUUUCUCCAUCUCUUGAGGAUGAAGGAUAUUUUGAGUGCACAGUGACCAAUGAGGUUGGAGAGGAGCAAAGGGUCAUAGAGGUCAUGCUUCAAGUUCCUCCAUCCAUUGAAGAUGAUGUCACCAGUGUUACAGCCAUUAAGAUGGAGUCAGUGGUAUUACCAUGUCACGUCACAGGACGUCCAACACCAUCCAUCAGCUGGAGCAGGGGAGGGACAGCACUGGGCACAAGGAGGGGCAGUUACAGGACCCUGCCCACAGGUAUGUUAGAGAUACUGGCUGUGAAUCCAACCCAUGCUGGCAGAUACACCUGCAGUGCACAAAACACAGCUGGAGUCGCACGGAAACACAUCAUUCUGUCUGUACACGAGGCUCCUGAGAUAAGGAACAUGGUUAAAGAAGUGAAUGUGCUGCUGAAUCAGGAAGUUGUUUUGAUCUGUGAUGUUCACGGAUUCCCCAAACCUUCGGUUACCUGGCUUAAAGAGGGUGUUCCCAUAGCAAAAGGUCAGCGCCUGGUGGUUCUGUCUGAUGGAUCUCUGAGACUUUCUCAGGUUACGCUGGAUGAUGCAGGAACAUAUUCUUGUCUGGCACAAAAUGCAGCUGGCACCACAGAGGGCAAAACUCAACUCAUCCUGCAGGUUCCUCCUGUCAUUUCUGUACCUCAUGAUGAAUAUACACUCAGUGUUGGUGAGUCUGUCAGUGUGCCGUGUUCAGCGAUUGGUCAGCCGGAGCCCGAGCUGCAAUGGCACAAAUUGGGUGGUGCUGUGAGGGGCAGAGCAAACCUGUUGACUUUCACCAAUGGAACACUGCACAUCAAAAAUGCACAACUCAAACAUGCUGGGGUUUACACGUGCACAGCCUUGAACAGCGCAGGGAGAGCAAGCCGUGACAUCACACUGAUUCUGCAUGUUCCGCCCAUGAUCCUUGUUGGUCAGUCGGAAGUGUCUGUCAUCCAGGGCUUCCAGAGUCUACUGCCAUGUUCAGCUCAAGGAGUUCCAGAACCCAAAAUUCACUGGGAGAAAAACGGAGACAUUAUCCAGAACCUGCGGGGAAAAUUUACUGUCCUGAGAUCAGGAGAGCUAAUCAUUGAGAGAACCCAGCCCUCAGAUGCAGGUGUGUUCACUUGUGUGGCCAUGAAUGCAGCAGGUUCUGCGCAUCACAAAGUCCAGCUGUCUGUUAACACGAGGCCAGAGUUUAAGGAGUCACCAAGCGACAUGACGCUGAGGGUGGGGCAAAAUCUGACCCUUACCUGCCACGCCCACUCUACCCCUCCCCCUGUCAUCACCUGGACUGUUAAUAGUCGUCCCUAUACUGGAUUCAGCGUGGAUGAAGCAGGUCGGACUUUCCUGAUGAUUGGGAAUGUAACAGUGAGGGACUCGGGAUCGUACGUGUGUACAGCGGAGAACAGCGUCGGCUCUAUCCGAGCGUUAGCAUUCGUCCGCGUCACAGAGCCUCCAGUUCUGAGAGGAGAUGGCCAUGUGUCUCAGUUUGUCUCUCGUGGUGCAGUAGUUGUGUUGGAUUGUCCUGUUAGAGGAACUCCAGCUCCGGUGUUGCGCUGGUUUAAAGAUGGCCACCUGCUGAAGGUCACUGAGCAUCUUCAUCGUCUCCCUAAUGGCUCUCUUGUUCUUUACAGUGCCAUGAGCAGAGAUUCAGGAGAGUAUCAGUGUGUUGCCGAAAAUGAGGUGGGAGUUAUAAAGAGGACGAUAUCUCUGAAAGUACAGGUUGCAGGCGGUUACUCUCACUGGGAGCAGUGGGGGCCCUGCAGUGUCACAUGUGGGCAUGGCCUCCAACAGCGAACCAGAUUUUGCAAUAACCCAUCACCAACCAAUGGGGGAGCAGCAUGUGAGGGUCCAGAUAUUGAGUCAAAGCAGUGCCAAGCAUCUUUAUGUUCAGGAGACUCUCUCCGCAGGGCACGUGCCAGUGUGAUCGGGAUGGUGAAUGAUCAGGAGUUUGGUGUUUCUUUCCUUGAAGUGAACAUCAGUGAGAACUCAAAGCACAGAAGCAGCACACUGGAGGCUCACAUGGAGAACGUUCCUCCCAGUGUGGGUCCUUUGCUGAAAGUUCUUGUAUCUGCUUUGACUCCGAUUUACUGGACGGCUGUUUAUGAAUCAGCAGGAACAAAGAACGGCUUCUCCAUCAGCCGCGGGAAUUUCAGACAAGAAUCCCAACUGGAGUUUCACACAGGAGAGAUCUUAAAGAUGACCCACGUGGUGAGAGGUGUGGAUGCAGAGGGAGUUUUGCUAGUCGACGUGGUCAUUAAUGGAUUUAUUCCUGCAGUGUUUUUAUCCCCAGUGCUACAUCAGCAUGACUUUGAUGAGACAUACGUGCAGGUCGGCUCUGGUCAGAUAUACUCCUGGUCUACCCAGAAUUCUUUGCAGCAGGAUGUCGACUCUGUGCUGACUCUGCGCUGUAAUCACUCGCUGGUGUUUGAUGGAUCGGUGAAACGUUUUGCUCCUCUGCUGCAGCAGAUCCGUCUGUCAGACAUAAGCAGCUCCUACAACAUGCUUAACUUCAGGCUGGACUUUCACAUCACAGCCAUGUUAUCACUGCCAGAUGGUGAUGGAGAGAAAUGUCCAGAAGGAUUCUUGCUGGAUAAAGCAUCUUACUGUGCUGAUGAGGAUGAGUGUGUGUCAGAUUCUCCAUGUUCUCACUCCUGCAUUAACAUCAUGGGGAGCUUCAGGUGCAGCUGUCCAUCAGGAUUCAACCUCAACACGGAGAGCAACAGCUGCCAAGAUAUAGAUGAGUGUGUGGAUGGAUCUCACAUGUGCCUCUAUAACCAGUUGUGUGUGAAUACAGUUGGAAAAUAUCGGUGUGAGGUGAAGUGUGGGCCAGGAUUCAGACACAGAACUGCUGGUACUGAGAACAGAACAAGAAUUGAAGGCUGUGAAGAUGUGGAUGAGUGUGUGGAGUCGUCUGUGUCUCCCUGCCAGCAUCAGUGCUUUAACACACUCGGCUCCUUCCGCUGCGGCUGCCUGCCUGGAUACCAGCUGGUGGGACAUCGCUGCUUCGAUAUAAAUGAGUGUUUGAGGAGUGUAUGUCCAUCUCACCAGCAAUGCAAGAAUACAGAUGGAGGAUAUCAGUGUUUUGACAACUGUCCAUCAGGAAUGACUCAGGCUGAAAGCGGUGUGUGUGUGGAUGUAGACGAGUGUAAAGACGGCAGUCACAUGUGUCGCUACAGCCAGAUCUGCCAAAACACACUCGGUGGUUAUUUGUGUGUGUGUCCAAGAGGCUACCGUUCUCAGGGUGUGGGCAAACCGUGUGUAGAUGUUGAUGAGUGUGCACAGUCUCCAAGUCCGUGUGGGUAUCAGUGCCGAAACGUGCCUGGUAGUUUCCGGUGUUUGUGUCCCCCGGGAACUGUCCUGCUGGUGGAUGGCCGCUCGUGUGCUGGACUUGAGAGAGGAAAUGGGUUCAGUAAUCGAACUUGGGUUCGAGUUGGACUUCAGCCUCAGCUGGUGUCCACAAGGGGUCAAACACUAACGUUGCUACAGAACACACAGCCGGGGGCACCGUGGAACAACUUGCACACCUGCCCACCUGGUUAUACAAGUAAAGCCAGUAGCUGUGUGGACAUUGAUGAGUGUGCACUCAGAAAGCCUUGCCAACACGAGUGCCAGAACUCAGUGGGAAGUUUUCAGUGUUUUUGCCCUUCAGGAUAUCAGCUGAUGCCUAAUGGUCAAACAUGCAGAGAUAUUGAUGAAUGCAUUGAGCACAGUGUGCAGUGUGGACCAAACCAAAUGUGCUUUAACAUGAGGGGGAGUUAUCAGUGUUUGGACACUCCCUGUCCUGCCAGCUAUCGUAGAGGAGGAAGUCCAGGUGUGUGUUACAAGCCAUGUUCACAUGGGUGUGCUGAAGGAUCUUCUCUCCUCCUUCAGUAUAAACUCCUCACACUUCCUCUGGGAAUUCCAGCUCAACACAACGUCAUCCGAUUAUCAGCGUUUUCCGAGUCUGGUGUUCUUCAGGAGCGAACAUUAUUCGCCAUCCUGGAACAAAGUGGAGAGAUUACAGAGCAGCUGUUUGGGAUUAAAGACGAGGCUGGAAGAGGAAUCAUCUUUACCACUCACUAUUUAAAUCAGUCUGGUCUGGUGAAGCUGAAGGUCCAAGCUACCACGUUGAACCAGCAUGGACAAAUCACUUACCAGAGUUUAUUCAUCAUCUACAUCUCCAUUUCUGCUUAUCCAUACUGAUCCCACAGUCUCUACUCAUCCCUGCUGAUCCCUCCAUCACCACUCAUCCACACUGCUCCCUCCAUCUCCCCUCAUCUUCACUGAUCUGUCCAUCACCACUCAUUCCUACUGAUCCCUCUGUCUCCACUCCUCCAUACUGAUCCCUCCAUCUCCACUCAGCCCUCCAUAUCCACUCAUCCAUAUUAAUCCCUCCAUCUCCAGUCAUCCACACCUAUCCCUCCACCUCCGCUCAUCCACACUGGUCCUUCAUUUGUUAGCACUGAAAGUGUAAUUAGCUACAGUAUUCAUUGUGCGUGCAGUUUUAGUAAACAACAUUAAAGUGUUUU